AAUAAACGGGAGAACACACGGGCAGUAAUGGUGUGUCGUGACGUAAGACUUGCAUGGGUCUUGACCAGCAGGGAUGUGCUGGCUCUACAGAGCUCGUCUUUGGGCGGGGAGAAGACAAAAGCUGUGCGGGAAAGAGGUGCGGUCACAGGGAGGAAGAGGAGAGCCGUGCUGGGAAAAGAAAUGCGAGGAGACCGGGAAGGCGGGCGGGGGCCACGUUGUCCAUUCACAACUUUGACAGGCAGCAGCCGGAGGAGACGGCAGGAAGGUAUUCGCGCCGCUCCAGGAGCCCUUUGGCAUGCGCCUCUCCGGUCGGUGGCUGUUCACUGGGAUGCGGGCAGGAAGGAGAUGAUGGCGCCAUGCUGAGACCCAGGUCAGCGCUCAUGGGAAUGGUUCUGUGCAUGGCCUGUCUGAUAGAAGCCCCCGGCCAGAUCUUGAGUCCCGACCUGGUCCAGGAAGUGGAGUACCUCAUGAAGGAAGACCCCACUUUGUGUGCAGGCUGCAAGUUGUACACACCCACCUGGAGAGACUACCAGUGUUGCCCCGUCACUACCCUGGAAUGUUUUUCCGACGAGGUCAAUGUCCUCAUCUGGGAGUGGAAAGUCGUCCCCGAACACGGUCUGGCGCAGGGCCUCAAGAACUUUGCGGACAUGCUCACCCAGGGUGGCACUUUCGUGACCUCUGCGGUUCUUUUUUGUGGACUUCUGGAUCUGCCUCCGGGGAGCCUUUUGGACAAGGAGACCAGCUGCUGGGUCUCUGCCAAACCGGAGUCGGUUUGGAGGGACUGGAGGAGAUGCGGAUGAGGGGACAGGACUGUGGAGGUAGCACUGAGCGCCGGGACGGAGAGGCUUUGUGGUGUCUUGGCUGAAUGAGCAGGUGUCGGAACCCUCAGUCUCCUUGGACGUAUCCUCGGUCAUCCAUGCGGACCGGACACUGACCGAGAGUUGGUUGGCGGCCGAGAGUGGAGUCGGCUCUCUUGGUUGCUUUGUUGGGUCUGCUCCUGUCUCUGGCCAUGCACCCUCCAUCCCAGCGGACGAUGGCGUGGAACACCGCGAGGCCACCACAGUGUAUAUGUUUCUUUUACUUUUUAAUCAUAGCUUUAUGUAGAAGUGUCUGGUUGCAUCAGCUCCCCUACUUUUGUGUCUUUCAUGUCGUUCUUUGAUGUUUGAUGUUUUCCCUCUGAGGGAUGUGUACUAUGGCGAUGAGUUGGGGGUUUUUUUUGCCCCUUGGCCUCAGUCUGGACCCCCUCCCCAGGCGCCCAGGCUUAGACCGAUUAUUUUAUUUUAUUUUAUUUUAAUCUUCUAUUUGUCAUGCCUGUUAAUCUGGUUUUAUGUUUGAUCAUGUUUUGUUUUGUUUUCUGGACUCUAUUUGCGUUUGCACUUCCUUGUUUUCUUGGUCACCAUAGCUACUCAUUAGUUUACACCUGGUUCUCCUAGUCACGCCCCGAUCCUCAGCCUCUCACACCUGUUUCUAGUUACCACGGCCACUAUUUAUGUCACUUUCUUUCUGUUCAUCGUUCUGGGUACUUUGCAUGUGCUUGCCUUUAUGCCUGCAUUUUGCGUACAAACCUUCACGCCUUGCCACGCUGUUAACCAUUUGGACCACGUAAGAUCUUGUAUUUUUUGCCUCAGUGCAAGUUUUUUGUUUAUUGAAUAUCUUUGAUAGCAUCUUUUGUUUAUUAAUAGAUAGCCAUGCCAUUGUGCUGUGUUUGUUGAAGUUUUAGUAUAGAUUAUUAGCCGCCACCGAGCGCGUCCUUUGUUUUGCCUUUUUUUUUGUAUUAUAGUUUAUUAAUAAAAAAUAUGUACUCACAUCCAUGCCUGACUCAUCCCACAUCAUCUCUGCAUCCAGGAAGCAAAAACAAUCCUAGUCCCGGCAUGACACUAUUUUUUUCUCCCAUUCCCCUCCCAAUUUUUUACCUGUAUCACCUUUUUUGUAGGGGGCGCUGGAAGCAGCAGACCAGUCAGCGAUCCUGUUCUGUCUCCCUGUAAUGUUUGUCUGAUCUUGAAUGGGAUUGUGCUGAAAAUUGUAAUUUUCCUGAAUCAAUCAAUCAUCCAUCCAUCCAUCCAUCCAUCAUCUUCCGCUUAUCUGAGGUCGGGUCAAUCAAUGUUUAUCUAUAUAGCCCUAAAUCACAAAUGUCUCAAAGGGCUGUACAAACCACUACAACUACGACAUCCUCGGAAGAACCCACAUAAGGGCAAGGAAAACUCACACCCAGUGGGCAAGGAGAACUCACACCCAGUGGGACGCCAGUGACAAUGACUAUGAGAACCUUGGAGAGGACCUCA